AUGAAGCUUAUCAGUGGUGGCUUACUAAUUGAGGCAGAGUUUCUGCGACUGAGUCAUUAUGCACGGGGGACAGUGGCAACUGAGUAUGAAUGUUGUGCAAAAAUUACCGAGGAUGUGAAGCGCUCUAAGCGCCAGAACCGUGAGAAAGAUAGGGGCCGGUUUAGGAGGGAUUCGGAGCCCUCAAGUUCUUCUAGUAGGCCUAAAAAGAAGGCCAAGUUUGAUGGGCCAGUUCGAGCUGGGGUUACUGUUGCUAGACUACAACCUUGUGCUAAUUGUGGGAGACAUCAUCUGGGUGAGUGUUGGAAGAAGAUUGGGGCAUGUUUCAGAUGUAGGUCUAAGGAGCAUCAAGUUAAAGAUUAUCUUCAGAGGCCUACUCAGAUGCAAGCUGUAGGGUCUACGCAUUCAUACAUUGUAUGCACCGUGUCUGGCACAUUGGGUAUCAAGUGUGAGAGUACUGUUAAUGAGAUGACUGUGUUAAGUCCACUGAGACAAUCGGUUAAGGUAGACAAAUUUUUCAGAGAUGUGCCCCUAGAGGUUCAAGGAGUUAUAUUUCUAGCGGAUUUGAUGGAGCUACCAUUUGAUGAAUUUGAUUUAAUUUUGGGGAUGGAUUGGGCCGAAAAAUUGGUUCGCAAGGGUUGUGAGGCGUUUCAAGCCUAUAUUGAUGUAUUUGACUCUGAGGGUCCUUCUAUUGAAGAUGUUAGAACGAUUAAGGAUUUUUCUGAUGUGUUUCCUGAUGAGCUCCCUGGGUUGCCUCCGAAUCGUGAAGUUGAAUUUUUAAUUGAGCUUCUGCCAGGAACGGCUCUAGUGUCUAUCGCCCCUUAUAGGAUGGCACUGAAGCCAUUGGUGGAGUUAAAAGCUCAAAUCAAAGAACUGUUGGAUCGAGGAUUCAUUCGACCUAGUGUGUCUCCAUAG